CAAUGCGGCCCCACACGCGUUUUUGCUCGUCAGGUUUGAUGACUUCGAUUGAUAUUUUCACUACUUGACGGAGGCAAAGUGUAACAAUGUCGCUGCCUUGUACACCAAGAUGGCCUGCAGAUGAAGCAGGAGUACCGAAGAUAGAAGGAGACGAGUCCUUCGGCGACUUAGUCGACAAACUGAGCCAAUAUUUUGAGCACUCGAUCAGACUCCCACAGACUUUCGAAGAUCUUCGCAAAAGCGAACACGGUCGCGCCCUGCACCCGCUUAUUCUCCACCUCUCCACCAACGUCCACCAUCCUGCUCUCGUUUCCGCACUGUUGGCUCUGAAGGGAUACUUCUCUGCGCUUGAGGAAACCAGCGACGACCCAGGCGUGAAUCAAGCGAGAGGAUAUGCAUGCGAAUUUGUUGCCUGGCAAUUUCUCAAUAAUCUGACAGACAGGGACAUCAUUGACUUCCUGCUAGUCGAGCUGCCACCUGCAUCAUCUCCUGGCAGCGACCGAGAUGAAGAAAGCGCACAUAGCAGCCAUAAUGGCCGGAACACUAACCAGCCUGGUGAACAAACACCUCUCCUGAGUGGUUCCAACAGUGACUACUUUGGUCAUAGAAAUGAAACCGCUGCGAGUGCACGGUUUGGUUCAUUGGCAUCCAAUUGUGAAAACCUGAGCGCGCUCGAGAUUGCCUGCGUUACUGGUGCGAAGAAGUUUCUUAGCCAACGACCCGUGCAGAAGAUCAUCAAUGGACUGUGGCGGGGUGACAUCGUCUUCUGGGAGACGCUCAGCGUUAAUUCGGUCAAGAAGCCCAGCAAAUACAAUCGCAAGCAAGCUGAUCCGUUCUGCCGCUUACGAGUUCCUCUGUACUUGAAGGUUUUCGAGACGCUCUUCUUUGCAGUGUUUUUAGCACUGUAUUAUGCAGUACUUGUACACCGAGACUCCACUCGAGUAACCGUACCAGAGGUCCUGCUCUACUUUUGGAUUGCCAGUUUCGCCUACGAUGAAUUCGCCGACUGGGUUGAUGCAGGACAAACCAGUUUCUACGCCUCGGAUUUCUGGUGGAUGUGGGACAUAAGCAUUGUCAUCGUCGGUGUCAUAUUCUGCGCGCUCAGAAUUGUCGGGUUGACCCAACAAUCCAAGGACACCAUUGACCUGGCUUACGACGUGCUUGGAUUGGAGGCUCUCUUCCUUGUACCACGCAUAUUCUCCCUUCUCAGUCUGAAUCGUUAUUUUGGUACCCUGAUCCCGUGCCUCAAGGAAAUGACCAAAGACUUCAUCAAAUUCUUGUCGCUUGUCAUCAUCCUAUAUCUUGGCUUUCUCACCACAUUCGUGCUGUUGGCCCGUGAAGAAUUUAAGCCGAGAGAAAUGAGUUGGAUAUUGAUCAAGGUCUUUUUCGGAUCAAGCUACCUUGGUUUUGAUGUCGCUUCGCAGAUAUCGCCGUUCUUUGGUCCCCCUGUAAUGUUGGUAUUCAUUAUCUUGACCAAUAUCCUACUCAUCACGAGCUUGAUCUCGCUUCUGAGCAAUUCUCUAAGCAAGAUUCUGGAUCACGCACGUGACGAGUAUCUUUUCAUAUAUUCGGUCUAUGUUCUUGAAGCAUCCUCAUCGAAUCGCUUGACCUAUUUUAUGCCUCCCCUUAAUCUGAUUCCCCUCUGUCUACGCCCCUUCCGACUCAUCGUGCCCUCGGAACGACUGAGGAGUACUCGCAUUGUACUGCUCAAAGCUACGCACCUCCCGUUCGUAGGCGCAAUUUGGGUUUAUGAGCAGCUCGUGGAUUCGCACAAACAAAAGGCAAGUCUGAUGCCUUUGAGCGGACCUCAGACUCCUGCGUCGUCAAAAAGGCCUCCUCGGUUAGCCAUUAACUCACCAGGCUUUUUGAUUACAGAUUCGGAGGCAACACUAGCUCCGUCUACAAAACUGCAUCAAGCCAGUCGAUUGCACAACAACGCGGGACUUGGGGGAUCGGACAUGCAGUUGAAAACGUUGGUUCUCAAGCUAACGGCACGGGUCGAGGAGCUCACAGUGGUGGUAUCGCAGCUUCAAGAGCAACGCGAAGCGAGUGAGGCCGCUUGAAGGCCGGCGCUUCCGGCCGUCUGUAGCAGACACCUGUUGCUGAGAACGAAUACUACACUCGCGGAUAAAUACAAGGCAAAUAUUGUUUGUUCACUUUUACAACACACUCAAUUGGCGCACACGAUGUUGAAGCACUAGUUGGGACUUGGCGGGGUAGCAAUAAAAUGAAAAAAUCGGCGGGAUCUGAGUAAUUAUUGCCGAGAAUACGUUCACUCCUGACUGAACCACGUCAAGGGCGUGUUCAUCACAACAUGGGUUCAGCCGCCCCCCCUCGCGCCUCCAGGCUGCAGUCAGCGCAAAUCCUAAUUGUGUUCGGCCCGCUCAGGCAUUCCCGAGAGCUUGGGUCGUGUUCAAGUCCCCGGCGGUGGCGCCACAACAUCCACUUAUGCCGGGGGCCCUUGCACACCUUUUAGGUACUAUGCUGUUGGUUGCGCCCCUCCCCACCACAGCCCUCCGCGAGACAUGGC